AUGGCCAGCAACCCGCUGAGCAACAACCCCGCCGCGUCGCCCGACCUCACCGCCAAGUACUCAAAGCUCUUCCUGGAUUACAAGCUCGCCGUCAACGGCGCACACUUCAGCGACAGGGCCCUGUCUGGAGCGCCGCUGUGGGACUGGCGCCCGCCCACCGGCUCCGCGCUGCAGGGCUUUGCCGCCUGCGAGCACCCGCCGCUGCUCACCUUCCUGGCCGCCCCCCGCCUGGCCCCCGACCUGGCGCAGCACCUGCAGCAGCACCACUAG